AUGUCUUUACUGAUUAACGUACUGCUCGAAAGACAAUCAACAAGCUACAAUUAUGGCUUUACGAUUCGACAUACCACUGUUUAUCCGUUCGAGGAUGGUUACGAUAGUUGCAUGAUGGGUGAUUAUGAUACGAAUGAAGCAUAUGAUAACGAGAUACCCGUCAAUAGUGCAGUCAUAUCACGAGUCGAGCCGUUAAGCUGUGCUUAUAAUGCUGGUUUACGGUGUGGUGAUCGUAUUUUGUGCAUUAACGAUGAAGCGAUCAGCGAUUUAAGCUACGAACAAAUCUGCGAUAUUAUUCGAACCAGUGAUACGUUUAUUUCUGAGUCGCAUUGGAUUGACAACGUGAAAUUCUACAAACUUCCUUAUCAAUGA